ACCAACCACGCGCAUCACCGCCACAGCCACCCCAGCAGCUGCGCAUAGCUGGCAUCGGGCGGCGCUGUUACGAGCCCAUCCAGGACGACCGCGGUGCCGCCCGGGCCACCAUCAUUUUCACCUUCCACGAGUCCGCCCUGCCGCCCGACGAGCCUGUGUCUCUCCUGAAGGAGGUCAAGAGCAGGAACCUUCCGUGCACCUUCACGCCAGUGACAUCCCUGACAACGGCGCAGAGGGAGUUCUCUUCCCUGCACUCCGUGGCGCACCUGCAGCCAUGCUGGAGGCAGUGCUGCGUCCAGGCCCCCAUCUCUUCCCCGACUACGUCAACGAGAUGCCGCCGGAUCUCUCCGCCGUCUUCCCACCCGCCUUCUGUGCGCACCUGCAGUCCUCCUUCAACGCGCCGCAGCUGCAGGCCAUCCACUGGGCCGCCGCCCACACCGCCGCCCACACGCCCACUGCUCCUGGAAAUGCUGCCGGCACUGCCGCCUCCGGCUGGCCAGGGUCGGGCGGCGUGGGGGGCAGCAACAGCAGCAAGGGCGGGUGGCCGUUCACGCUGGUGCAGGGGCCGCCGGGGACGGGCAAGACGCACACGGUGUGGGGCAUGCUGAACGCCAUCCACCUCGUGCACUACCAGCGCUACUACCACUCGCUCCUCGCCAAGCUCGCCCCCGCCGCCUCCGCCACGCUCCUAUCCGACGACCCAGCGUCGGCAGGUGCCGGCUCGGAGAAUUCAGGUUCGGCGGAGGCGGUAGGUUCGGGAGGGGGCAGCAUAGAGGAGGUGUUGGAGAGCAUGGAUCGGCUGGUGGCGCCGAGGCGGCAGGUGCGGGUGGCACGCAAGCCGCGCAUGCUGGUGUGUGCGCCGUCCAACGCGGCGGUGGACGAGCUGCUGUCGCGCGUGCUCUCCAAGGGCUUCCUGGACGGCGAGAUGCGCACCUACCGCCCAGAUGUGGCGCGCGUUGGUGCCGAGGCCGCCACCCCCGCUGCUCAGGCGGUAUCGGUGGAGCGGCGGUCGCAGCAGCUGCUGCAGAUGCCGGCAGAGGAGGCAGCCCACCACGUGGCAGUGCUACGGCACAAGGAGGGCCAGCUGGCAUGCCAUGCAGCUGUGGAGGAGAGGGAGCAGGUGGGAGUGGAGGUGGGGCGGCUGCUCAUCGUGCUGGGGGCGCGGCGGGGCGACGUGGCAGUGGAGGCGGCGAGGGCACAGCUGGAGGCGAGCUUUGCGGAGGAGGCGGAGGUGGUCUUCACCACCGCCAGCAGCAGCGGCCGCCGCAUAUUCGCGCGCCUGGCACACGGGUUUGACAUGUGUGUGUUUGACGAGGCGGCGCAGGCCAGUGAGAUGGCGGCGCUGCCCCCCCUCACGCUGCGCUGCCAGCGCUGUGUGCUCGUGGGCGACCCCCAGCAGCUGCCCGCCACCGUCAUCAGCCGCCUCGCCUCCUCGCUGGAUUACAGUCGCUCACUGCUGGAGCGCUUCCAGCGAGCGGGCUGUCCAACACUACUACUGACAGAGCAGUACCGCAUGCACCCGGCCAUCCGCACCUUCCCCAGCCGCUACUUCUACAGCGACCGCCUCACCGACGCGCCCGCCAUCACCGCACUGCCAGAUGAGCCAUACCACGCCGACCCGCUGCUACGCCCGCUGCUCUUCUUCGAUGUCAGCGCGGGGCGCGAGUCGCACGGCGAGCGCUCCGUGUCGUACCAGAACACCACCGAGGCCGCACUCGCUGUCGCGCUCUUCCAGGUGCAUUCACAAGUCACGCCUCCUUCCAAACACUGCAAGUAG